ACCCAGCAGCGGCAGUUUUUACUGCACGUCAAGAACGAUCGUUCCGGCAUUCCAUCUGCAGGGGCAUUCCACCCGAACGCUGUUACCCGGAAAGUGUCGACUGUGCAUCCCAUAAUAUAAGAAUGUUUCCUCAAGUGCUUCCGUGGUUUUUGUAUCUCCUAGUUUGUUGGUCUGUUUUGUCAUUUGGAGAAUUUCUUGAAGAGUUUGGCGCUUCUGGACACAAUCUACUGGGAUCGUUACCUUAUGGGGCAUCGGGGAAAAAUAUAUCUUUUACAAGUCCGUUUCCUUUCCUAAAGGACCGUAUCAGUAUUUUACAUGUUACGGCUAAUGGCCAUCAUUACCAACAACCAGGAAGCAGGCCAUGCAUGAACGGGCAUCUGUUCAACAAAGGGCCAGAAAUGGGACCACUACAGUCCACCUCUCCCAGCCCCUUGAAGCUCGAUUUGCAGUGGGAUGAAGGCUUCUGGGACACAGAAUGCAACGACACUAACGGAACAAUACGGCCGGCAACAGCUUUCCACUACCGAUUCGUCACCGAUAUGGACAGCGAAUCUCCAGUGCGCGAAAAGAUUAAAGUUUACAUCAAAACGAGUGACCCUGCCUAUCAGUUUUUUAGUCCGCAGUGGGCGUUCAUCUUCACGUUCGUGCGAUAUCGAAGAGGCAACACCAGCUCCUGUCAUGCUGUUCAAGGUGCAGAAAUCGAGGACGGAAUUCAAAUGACUCUGACCACUGACGGACGCUAUUCGUUCGCCAUUGCCACAGCGUUUAACAACACAAAAGAAGACCAUCGAUGGACUUACGACGGCUCUCACGCAUGGCUAGGUUUUCGUUCAGAGUGCUGGACUACUGCGAGUCCGAUACAGGGCGGCAGCUCAGUUUUCCGACUGGAUGGCGACUCAGUCACACCGCUAACCUGUACGAUUUCUGAAAACAGGAAUCUGUUCGUCAGUCCAUGGUACGGAUCCGUCUUGGGUGGGACAAAGUUGAAGAUCAGCGGGAUCUGUCUGAACCAAAACCAGCAAAACAAUUCAGUAUACUGCCGCUUUGGCGACCGCGUGGUCAAAGCGUACCGCGGAGAACUCGGAUCCAUACAAUGUGUCACUCCAGUGCUGAAUUAUAAAGGUCACUGGAUGUUUAACGUUUCCGUUGACGGCGGUGUUACGUAUCCAUACACCGGCUAUCAUCAUCAAGAUUGGUAUACACAUCCCGUAAAGCUUGUCAACCGCAGUACGUGGAUGUCACAGUCCGGUGCAGCCGUCAUCCAGCUGGCUUGGGAUCCAUAUCAACUGAGCUCCAACAACGACACCAACGUCUCCGUUGAUUUUAUCGGAUGGUACAUGAGCCAUGAUAGUGUGCACGUAAUGUUCCUGCCAUUGAUACCUUCUGCAGCAAAUUCUGGGAAAAUCAGUAUCUCCUUAUCCCAAAUAAAUUUCGGAACUUUGGCAUCAUCAAAACUCUUCCUGAGCGGAACAUUCCGUAUCAUGAAAUAUACGGAUCGAACGCUGCUUGUUCACCAAACGGAGAAGGAAAUCAGCGCGAUAUCGCUAUGGUCGGAAUUAUCGGACAUGGGCGUAUUAGAGAAACUUUCCACAAACUUGACGUCCGUUUCUGACAAUUCGUCUGAGCCAGGAGUUUCACACAACGGCACUUUAUACACGAUCCAUAAGAUCAUAACGGCCAAGUAUGGAAGGGAGGCGGAGCGUGCCAUUGGAGUGGGGGAUAACACGACACUUUCCAUGACCGUUAGCCGCAACUUCACCGCAAACAGCGAAGAGCAGAACGACCGACUACGACUUAUUUACAAAAUUGGUAAAUGUUCAGCAGCCGGUGAUUUCUGUUCGUGUUGGAAGGACGCCGAGCAAAGCGUGAUGCAAAGUGUGGAUCCGGACAAUUGUGGUGGCGAAUUCAACGGUUGCCCGCCAAAUAUCAUGCAAGCCUUUCUCAGUCGUGGCCGGUUCUACGUGCCAUCGGAUUCCAGCGCCUGUAACCGGCACAAUGAAUCGAGUAUGCUAAUGUGGCCGGCCGGUGAUUGUGUGGAGAAUCCCGGAGCGUCGCUCUGCGUAACGGGUUUCUCGCGAUCGUGGCGCUAUCAGCAGCAGUGCUGCUAUGGACAAGACGGAAACCUGCUUCCAUCGCCGAUACACACAAGUGCCGGUUGGACCAAGCUGAAUAAUAUCUUUAACUGGCACACCGUCGAACCAGACGGCACAUACUAUUGGAAUUGGAUAGCCAGGCAAUUGGAAGAGGUCGUGGUCAACCAGGUGCCGGUGCGAAAGUGCUGCGCUUUGUCGGGAGACUGGGCGAGUAAUAGCUGCCAGAUGUUUCGUCAGCAACGACGCAGCAGUUCGUCGAAAUGCUAUGUACCACCUAGACCAGGUGGCGGUUUCGGAGAUCCGCAUAUACAGACAUAUGACGGUCUGAAAUACACCUUUAACGGAUUGGGCGAAUAUGUUGUGGUGCAAGUGCCUGGUGUGAUUACCGUGCAAGGACGCACCUCGAAAGUCAAAACAGCCCAGGGUAGUGAUUUGAACGCAACAAUCUGGACCGGCUUAGUAUUCGCCACCGCCAACGUAACAGUACAACUUAGCUUCACCGCUGACCGGCGUGCCCCCGAUCUGUACAUCGAUAACAAGCUGGUUGAGCCACAUCGAAUUGUCAAUCGUUCUACACAAGGAGAUGCAUUGAUCACUACGGAGCGCCGUCCCGGAUUCGGCCUGCACAAAGUCAGCGCCAGUCUCCCGUCGGGAAUCCUGGUCGAAGUAGAGGAGAACGAAGCAACGCUGCAGUUCCAGAUUUUACUACCCAGUGAUCUGCAGCAAGGGAAUACCAGCGGCUUACUCGGGCGAUGCAACAAUGAUCCGACAGACGACCUUUAUCCACGAGGCGCCAAGAACCCAGUUCCCCAUAACUCGUCCACGGAACACAUAUUCACGGCAUUUGGAGAGACAUGGCGAGUCACCGCAGCGGAGACGCUUUUUAUUUAUGAAUCGCCGGAAACGUAUGAUACCAUCAAUGAUCCCAACUUUCGACCGGUCUUCGAUGUCACCCAGACAAUGAAUGAGACGUUUAAGCAAAAAGUCAAAGAAAUUUGUGGCAAUAACACGGAAUGCCUGUUCGACGUGGCGGCGACCGGGAAUAUUCGUCUGGGUCAAGCUACAUUGAAAUUCGCUAAAGAUGUCGAGAAGGAGUUCAAAGUGUCAGUUUCUACCGGUUGCCAACAGCCUGUGAUUGAUGAGACAGCCAUGAUCGCGUCCAAUGUUUCGUUUAUUACCGGCAACAGCAUCACGUUAAAAUGCAAGAAUAGCAAUUUUGUCAUCGCAUCCGGCAGUCGGACGUUAACGUGCAAAGAAGACGGAAGCUGGAGUGGAGAAACGCUACAUUGCCGAGAAAAAGCAAACGAGAGUACCACUGCAGCAACAACAGCAGCCACGGCAACCACAACGAAAAAAAGCGGAGCCGAAAAUCUCCACACGAUGCACAUGGAGUACUUCGUUCCGAUAGUUACGAUAUUUUUUAUUUUAUUUGGGCAACUGCAUCAUUUAUACUAGUUUUGAUAGUAACACAUUCUGAAACAAACACGGUUUUUGUAAGUUUUGAAGAAAACUAUGACAAACUGGAUGCAGAAGCUGAAUGGAAAUGCUAGAUGCGGUAAUAAAUGCGAUAC